CAACGUUGCAUUUCACUGACAGUACUUGCGACGUCGUGGGCAAGUGUGGUUCGUUUGCCUUCGCCUUGAAACAUCAUCGCAUAUCAACGUAGCCCCCAUGCUGUCAAAUCGGGUCGACAUUUUCCAAAAACCACUCGAACCCGAAAUGACAUAAAAAGGGUCGAAUCGACUUGAAACGUGCACGUGCUGUCCGCGUUCGUGCCAGUAUUGAUUUUUAUUUCUAACCUCUCAGUGAUUCACCCCAGUUCACCCUAGAAUUAAAAUAAUUUACAGUGUGUGUGUGGCGGUGGAGUGCGACAUUGUCAACAGUGUUGUGGCAAAGGUUGCUUGAUGUGCGAAUUUAACGUUUAGUGAUAAUGAUUAGUGGGUUUUAUUGUUAACAAUUUUUAUCAUGAUUCUAGUGAAAUUGUUAUAUUCGAGAAAACUAUGCUUUGAAUAAUGGAUUUUGACAAGGAUCCCACCCUUCAGGAAUGGACCCGCGAGCAACCUUUAUCCGUCCUGGCCCUUGAUAGCGCUGAUAGGGCCGUCCUUCGAAUUGCAGACGAACGCGACGCUGUUCAGAAGAAAACGUUCACGAAAUGGGUCAACAAACAUCUGAAAAAGCACUGGAAAUACAUGAAGACUUACACGUGCUUGCACGUGUGUGUCACCGUCAACAAUUCGCCGUGUUGUCCACCUUCAGCCAACCGCCAAGUCAGGGAUCUGUUCGAGGAUUUGCGAGAUGGACACAAUCUGAUUUCUCUCUUGGAAGUUCUAACUGGCGAACAACUUCCAAGAGAGAAGGGGAAUAUGCGUUUCCACAUGCUCCACAAUAUCGACACAGCCUUACAUUUCCUUCAUUGUAAAAAAAUCAAACUUGUCAAUAUCCGAUCCGAAGAUAUAGUCGAUGGCAACCCCAAACUCACGCUAGGUCUCAUCUGGACCAUCAUUCUGAAGUUCCAGAUAUCAGAUAUUGUGGUCGGUCAAGAACCUAACGUCAGCGCUAAAGAUUAUCUUCUAAGAUGGGCGAAACGCACCACACACAAGUAUCCAGGAGUCCACGUCCAGGACUUCACCAAGUCCUGGAGGGACGGUCUGGCCUUCAGCGCCAUCAUCCACAGGAACCGGCCCGAUUUGAUCGACUGGAGAAGCGUCAAGACGCAGAGGGCCAGCGAGAGGAUGGAAACGGCGUUCUACAUCGCCGAACGGGAGUAUGGGGUUACUAGACUCCUUGAUCCUGAAGACGUUGACACCCACGAACCCGACGAAAAGUCGCUCAUUACGUACAUUUCGUCCCUGCAUGAAGUAUUCCCGGAACCUCCCGCAAUUCAUCCUCUGUACGACUCCGGUGCCCAGCAACGCGUCUACGAGUACCGCGAAUUGGCUUCGUCGCUUCACAUCUGGAUGAGGGAGAAGUACACUCUCAUGACAGACCGAUCCUUCCCUAACACCCUCAUCGAAAUGAAGAAAAUUGCCACCGAAUUAUCCCGAUUCCGUACCGAUGAACUCCCCCCGAGGCAAAGAGACAAGAACUACCUGAGUCAACUUUUCCGCGAUUUGGAAAAAUAUUUUAAGACAAUUGGAGAAGUGGAUGUUGAGCCCGAGCUACACAUUGAUAACAUCGAAAGGAACUGGCAACGACUUAUGGGUGCGUAUCAGGAGCGCGAUCGCCACGUCCAAGACGAAAUCAAGCGCUUGGAAAAACUACAAAGAUUAGCGGAAAAGGUCCAUCGCGAGAUCAAACAAACCGAUUCCGGGUUGGAUACCAUCGAGAGAACCAUUGGGAAUGAGUCGAGGAGAAUCGAGCGGAUGCACCCUCUCGAAGCCAAGAAAAUCGCCGAUCAAUUGGACCAAGACCUGGCCAAUGCGGAGGCUAGCAUCCAAGGGUUGACCACCGACGUGAAUACUCUACGAAACGGGAGGUACCCACAAGCCGGCGAGUUGGACAAACGUGUGAAAAACUUGCACGAAAGAUGGGUCCACUUGCGGCGAUUGUUGCACAAUAAGAUUGUGGGACCUCUCUCGAAUCUUAGUUUCCCCGUAGAAGAGAGAACAGUGACGAAACAUAUCAGAACGGUGCAAGAAACACGAAAUGUUGACACGAAUCCACAUUUCAGGUCGCUCCAAGAAUAUAUCGAGUGGUGCAAAAAUAAACUCAAACAACUGAAGAAGGCCGACUACGGCAAUGAUCUUCAGUCCGUCCAAGCCGAACGCAACUUCCACCAACAUGAACACAAGCAAAUCGAUCAGUUCCAUUCCAAAGUCGAGUCCUGCGCUAAAGCUCGCCAGUACUUCACCGGCGAAGAACUAGCUCUCUACAACCAACAUUUAGGCCAACUCCAGAAAGUCUACGCCGAUUUGCUCUCAUUUUCCACUAAUCGAAUGACGGAUUUGGACACUUUGUACGACUUUAUCCAAUCAGCGACCACCGAACUCCAGUGGUUGAACGAGAAAGAGGAAGUUGAAGUUACCAGAGAUUGGAGCGACGUCAAGAUGAACGUUGCUUCCGUCGAGACCUACUAUGAGCAAAAUUACGGAUCGGGAUGUGAGAAUCUGAUGAGCAAGCUGGAGAAACGCGAAGAUCAGUUUAAUUCGGUGCAAGAAAGGGGUGAGUUUUUGAUCCAGCAGCAGAACCAUCCGGCGUCCAAGGCAAUCGAAGCGCAUAUCGCGGCAAUGCAAGCACAGUGGGCGUGGAUAAUACAAUUGAGCCACUGUUUGGAGACCCAUCUGCAAAACACCCGCAACUACCAACAGUUUUUCAAAGACGUUCAAACGGCAGAAGAGUGGCUUAAAGAGAAAGACGAUGUGAUGAACAACGAGUUCAGUCAAGGCGAUUUUAGUUUAGACACCGGCGAAAAACUCCUGCAAGGCAUGCAGUUGUUGAAAGACGAGCUCAAUUCGUUCGGAGAUCAAGUCCAGACAUUGAUCGCGCGCUCCCAGGAGAUCGUUCCUCUGAAACAAAGACGACAACCAGUCACGAGGCCUCUUACCGUCAUUGCCAUCUCGAAUUACAAACAAAACAAUUUUGUAAUCGAACAAAACAAGGAGUGCACUCUGACCGACAACUCUGGACGAAUCAAAUGGCGAGUCCACAACGAGAAAGGGAUCGAAGCACAAGUCCCAGGAGUGUGUUUCGUGAUCCCGCCACCUGACAAAGACGCGAUCGACGCUGCGGAACGUCUCCGAAGACAAUACGACCGGUCUAUAGCCCUCUGGCAGAAGAAACAACUAAGGUUGAGGCAAAACAUGAUUUUUGCCACAAUUAAAGUGGUCAAAGGUUGGGAUUUGCCCCAAUUUAUUGCCAUCGGUGCCGAACAACGUAACGCAAUCCGACGAGCUUUGAACGAAGACGCUGAUAAAAUAAUGGCAGAGGGUGAUCCGUCUGACCCUCAGUUGAGGCGCUUGAAGCGCGAAAUGGACGAAGUCAAUCGUCUUUUCGACGAGUUUGAGAAACGAGCACGCGCUGAGGAAGAAAGCAAGAACCAGACAAGGAUUUUCAACCAACAGAUAUCCAACCUGCAACAGGCGUUGGACGAAGCGGAGCGAAUCAUCAACAAGCGGGUGAUUGCCCACCUUCCCCGUGAUAUCGACACCCUGCAACAUCUAGUCUUGGAACAUAAGGAGUUUGAGUCGAGGUUACAAAACCUUGAGCCGGAGAUUGAGCAAGUCAAAGACACGUUCAGAAGUAUCACUUUGAAGACGCCCCAACACAAGAAAGACCUGGAGAAGGUUCUCGAUAAGUGGAAGUACAUUUGGAACACUAGCAAUUUGUACAUCGAGCGUCUCAAAUGCAUUGAGAUCGUUUUGAACGGAAUGGAAGACGCAACUUUGGUCAUUUCCGAGUUUGAGAGCAAACUGGCCCUUUUCCACGAAUUGCCGAGCAGUGAGAAGGGUCUUGAAGGUGUCCACGAGGACUUGCUCAAGCUGCAAUCGGCCAUAGGCCAGCAACAAAUCGCCAUGGAUCAACUCAACGACGAUUUCGAUAACACUCGCCGUCUUACCGAAAAAUCAAGACCCAACCAGCGUGGCCCUCACACCGAUAUCGAGCGUCUGGAUAAAGAAAUCCAGAAGUUGAACGCAAGGUGGAGCAAUGUUUGCUCACAAUUGGCCGAUAGGUUGCGCGGUUGCGAACAAGCCUACAAUCUAUUGAAGAACUACAAGAAGCCUAAGGAGAAUGAAGAUGCCUGGUUGGAUGAACACUACGGAAAGUUGGAGAACUUGCAACCGAUCAAAGACCGAGCCAAGGAACAUUUAGAGGCGACUAGAAAUCUUCUAAACAGUGUCUAUGAGCGGGCCCCGGUCAUCGAACAAGUGAACGUCAACGGCGGCAGGUUUAUCCGAGAGGGAAAGAUCUGGAGCAAGGGACUGCAGAGGUUCAGGGAGGCGCUGCUGGAGACACAGCCGUCGCUGGAUGUCGUCUUCAGGGCAGCGAAGGAGAGUGGACCGACUGGAGCCGACAUCAUCGCCAAGGAGUUGGACGAGUUCAACGCGAGAUAUCAAUAUUUGAUCGAUGAGUUGUAUCGCAGAUUGCAGGAGAUCGCCGCGAGGUGUCCGGGGGAUAUCGUUACGCUGCGAUUAGUCGAGCAAAUGCAGCCUCGUCCCUUCCGAACUUUCCGGUCGGAAUUUCACAUGAGCAGUGCCAGCGAGCAAACUGCAACCUACACAACCACCACCCACUUAUCCACACAAUACAUCCACCAAAAACCAAUUCUUACCGAAAACGGUACCACCGUUUCAAUAACCACAGACUCCCUAAAUCAGUCUCUGGACGAAAGAGAUAAAAUAUCAAACGGGCGUCCUCCCGAUAAAUACACCACAAAGACUCAAAUAAUCCACGAGUCCCAAAACUGGGGUAAAAGCAUGCAUUUUACCGAGAUCAAGUCGCUUAAACGCGUGCAUAAAGUGCACGAAGGGAUCGGUACUGAGAGCAUUACCGAUACUCCUGGGAUUGUUAAUCCCUACAACGGGGAAUUGAUCACAGUUCGGGAAGCAAUUGCGGCGCGGAUCCUCGACGGAAGGACCGGCAAAAUCGUGAUUUCGCCCGACGGCACCCAAGUCAGUAUUGAAGAAGCCCGGAAGCGGCAAUUGAUUGACCCGAAAAUAGCCGAGGGUUUGAUAAGUCCAUGUGGGAUUAUCGAAGAUGGGCGGGAAUUGACACUGCUGGAAGCCAUACAGAGAAAAAUCUAUGAAGCGGAACACGGAUUUGUCGAUCCGAGCGAGAAACGGAUAAAGGUAACGCAUUCGUCGACGAUUAACCAAGCGAUCGAUGAUGGGAAAGUUGAUGUCAAUACUGGGACGUUCAGACUCGAGUCGGGAGAGACGAUAGAUAUCAAAGAGGCGUACAAAAGAGGCUACCUCUUGCAGCACACGGAAGUUAAGUUACAGACGGGAGCGAUGGCGUUGUCUGAUGCCAUAACACAGGGAUUGAUCGAUGACAGGACUGGCUGGAUCGUCGAUCGCAACUCCGGAAGUAAAUACCAGAUCGAUGCCGCGGUUAAAACCAACGUGAUCGAUGGUGAUAUCCGCGAAAUUGUCGAUCCGCGAAGUGACGAUAAGUUAACAGUGAUUCAAGCGAUCGAGCAAGGGUUAAUUAACCCCAAAAUCGGUAAAUAUGUGUAUUUCCACGAGAAAUUCUCGUACCUUGAAGCGAAAAGACGCCAGUUGAUCGUCAAACCUAAAACGCUGAAAGAGGUCGUCGAUGAUGGUUUGAUGGACGAUUCAGGUAAGAUCCUUUCCCCCACUCACCAAACGCGACUUACGAUCCUAGAAGCGGUAGCACGUGGUGUCCUAGACGUGGACACAAUCAAAUCAAUCCUAGAUUUCCAAAAGAACGAACUUGUGACACUCGGAGAUGCGCUUAAAGACGGGAUCAUAACCCCCGAUGGGAAAUUCCAAAAUUCAGUCACUGGCGAGAUCAUGACUAUCCAAGAGGCGGUCAGCCGCGGUUACAUUAUUUCAGUCGUAAAAAAAUCUAUUUUCGAUGUUGACGCUUUCCAACCGCCUGACAAAUCCGACCACAUUAGCUACAACGCGGCAAACGCCAAGGGUUACAUCAGUAAAAAAUCAAACGGUAGUCUUUUAGUCAAUUCUAAGUCUGGAAAACUUAUUCCCUUCUCCGAGGGCGUCGAAACGGGUGAAGUUAAACCAGAAGUUUACGAAAUGUUAACGCGCAAAAUCGGUAUUUUCGAAAAUCAGAAAGAACUAACAGUACUUGAGGCUGUUUUCCGCGGCUACAUUGACCCAAAAACCGGCAAUUUAAUCGAUAUUACCCGAAACGAAAUCGUUUAUUUAAACGAAGCCAUAGCUCAACACUUGAUAACGCCUGAAGGAGCCGCCAUGUUGAAUAGUCUCCUCAAUUUGAACGUUUCGACGCAAGUGACGCGGACACUUGUCCAGAGGUACGUCACGGUCACGCAAAAAGACCUUAAAUCGACGCAGUUAACCUACAGUCAAGCUUUGAGACAAGGUUUGAUCGAUAACGAAAGUCAGACGUUUAGAGAUCCGGAGACGAAUCAAGUGAUUCCGAUCGUUCAAGCGAUCAGUGACGGCAAACUAGCACCGGAUUCGGAAAGCUCCAGUCAGGUUGUUAGUACCGGAGCUGUCCCCCGAAAAUCGACAGUUGUUACAAUUACAAGCCGGAAGGAAAUUCCGGUUACGAAAUUCGAUGUUCAGACUGCCACCACUGAUCUCUUGACCAGUGAACGCAAUCUCGGGGAAAAACAAGUGUACGAGUUACCGACUGAAGGGUGGGCACUGCAAGACGCUAUUAACCAAAAAUUGUUUGAUCCGGUUACUGGACUUUUUAUUAUUCCGGGAACUGAUCGCUUGACCAGUUUGAAAGAAUGUAUCACUCUUAAAAUUAUCAAUCCGAAUUCGGCUGUGGUUAUAGACCCGUCCAAUCAACGCAAAGUUAGCCUAGUCAAAAGUUUGAGUAAAAAGAUCUUAGACGACACCGGACAUUACAAUUCAGGUAGCGACAAAAUCACUAUGAAAGAGGCAAUAAGCAAGGAAUUGAUUUUGUUUGAAAGCGAAAUGGAAGUCGAGACAAACAGUCAGAGACUUUUACAAAUUACUAAACUCGAUGGCAAGCCUGACAAAAUCGAGGUUUCGAACGUUUUGGAUAAUUAUCCUCCAACCUACACCGAGGUCAAAACCUCAGAAACGAAAGACGCUCAACCGGUCGAGGUGGCACCUGGGGUUAUUUAUGACCCGGCAAAUGCCCUUGUUGUGUGUCCCCAGACCAAACAAGCCUCACCUCUCCUAACCGCAAUCCAGGAAAAAACCAUUCCGGCUACCUCUAUCACAGUCAAAGACCCACACACUGGUAAAGAUCUGCCUAUUGAAGAGGCUAUUAGGCGCAAUAUUGUUGAUAAAAACACCGGUGAAUACACAAAUAAGUCGGGUCAUAAGAUAAGUCUAGGUGACGCUGCUAAAUACGGUAUCAUUGCAGUGGUGGGUGCUCCGCUCGCUGCCACCUACUCUAUAGCCAAAGCGGUUAAAACGUUUGUUGUUGAUCCCAAAUCGGGCGAGAAGGUACCGGUUGAUGAAGCUCUGCAACGGGGAGUCAUCGACCAGCACCAGUAUAGCAAACUACAAUCACAGGCUUUGGUCGAUAGUGAGAAAAGCGGGGCAUUUGAUGAUGAAGGACCUUCCGAGGCUGAAAAAACCCGAGCUAGAAUUACAGUAGAGCCGACUUACAAAGUAACGAUCGGGCGAGUGCAAUCGUUGAGUCCAGACCGCGACGCCAAGAAAGUCGUUCUUCAAAAAUUACGCAGAAAGGUUGUCAAACCCAGAGACGCGGCCGAGAAAGGCAUGAUUGAUAAAGACACUGCGCAGUUAUUGGACAAGAAAGACACGUUCACGUCGCCUAGUGGUGAUAGUCUUACGUUACAAGAAGCCUUAGACUCGAAAAAAGUCGACGGGGAUAAAGGCAAAAUCAUCGAUCCUCAACGAGGAGACGAAUUAACCAUCAACGAAGCUAUAGCUCGCGGUAUUUUAGACCCCGAUGGUACUAACCAGUUGUUGGUACCGUUAAAUCGUAGCUUAUCCAUUCCGGAGUUAUUCCACCAAGGCCUUAUAGACCCCGACAGCCAGAAGGUUGUCCAUCCAGAAACUGGUGCUCAUUUAAGUAUUAGGGAAGCAAUAGUCUGUGAUAUCGUAGAUCCGUUAAGUACUCUAACCGAGAAAACCGGUGCUAAAGUCACUUUAGAGCAAGCUAUAGACAGUGGUGUCGUCAACGACGCGAAAUCAACGGUUAGGACGCGUAAAGGUAGUGUAGAUUUACAAAAGGCUGUUAACGAUAAAGUAUUUGAUGAUAGUGUGCCUUCUGGUCCGGAAAAGUUACCGAUGGCCGGCAUGACGUUCCCUGUAGCUUUAAAACGCGGUUUAGUUGAUCCAAAUAAGAAAGAGAUUACGCAUCCAAUUACGAAAGAGCGUAUUCCGAUUAAAGACGCCAUUGAUGAUGAGUUUAUAAUGUCGGUGCCUUUUCCUACUAGUCCCGAAGCCAUCAAAGUCGAGGAUGCGUUAGAAUGUAAGUUGAUUGAUCCAAAGACCGGUACUUUCAAAGACCCGAAAAGCGGUGAGAUGCUUCCGGUCGCGGAAGCGGUUGAAAAAGGGCUUCUAGUCAUUAAGGAUUACCCUAUCGGUAUUAGUUCACAACCGGUAACCACUGUUACUGAAACAGUCAAUACAAUUCAUACAGUUACAACGCGAACGAUUGAACUGUUAUCGGGUUACGCCCUUGUGAGUGCAACUGAAGUAUUAAAUACACAGACUGGCGAAAUAAUUCCAUUUGAGGAAGCGCGUAAGCGAGGCAUAAUAACAAAUGAUGAGGAAACGAAAAACACUACGACCGUAAAAGACGUAAUGUCGUUUUCGGAUGCAUUAAAUCGAGGCUUGGUGGAUAUGAAUGCUGGUACUUUCACUGAUCCUAAAUCCGGAGAGAAAAUUUUGAUUAAAGAGGCUCUCCAGGAGGGUAAACUUCUAGCCACGUCUACUGAAGAUACUUCGUCUGUCCAAACAACCGAAAUGAACAUCGCACAAGCGUUCGACACAAUUUACGACGAGAAAACGGCUAAAUUCCACGAUCCGUCUAAUCCUCAAAAGAGUCUCACUUUUGAAGAGGCUAUUAAAAAAGAAAUCAUUGACCCAAAUUCGGUCGUGUAUGAUGUUACGUCGCAAAAACCUAUAACUGUAGAACAAGCGGUUGAGAAAGGGUUGAUCGAUUCCAAAACAGGUAAAGUGCACGACCAGAAAUCUGGCAAAAGUAUUGAUUUUAAGGAAGCAACCAAAAAAGGGUUGAUUGCGGUGUUGGGUGGCUUGGCUAUGCCAGUCGUGGCUCCAGUUUUGGCUGGGGCUGCGGCGGUGAAAGCCGUUAAGAAAUAUGCCGAUGAGAAGAAGGCUAAACAAGAGCCUGUGGGACAAAAAGUUGAAACAACUAAAGAGGAACCUCCGAGACAAAAAGUUGAAAUUACAAGAGAAGAUCCUCCGAGGCAGAAAGUUGAAAUUACCAUAAUUAAAAAGGUCGAUGAGGAGGAAGUCAAAACGAAAAAGUCGGUCGUUGAGGAUCAAGUCGAGGAAAUUGAGGAGAUCGCUUUGAGGUUGCCUUUGAGUGAGGCUAUCGAGGAAGGAAGAAUUGUGCCUGACAAGUGCCGAGUUGUACAUAACGAUAAACAGUUGCCUUAUAGCGUAGCGGAGGGUUUAAAGUUGAAUAAGUUGUAUCCUGGUGAUAUUGUACAGAUUGUUAAUAAACAUUCAGUGAUUUUUAUCGAAUCUAGUGUUUCUAUUCUUGUUAUUUCUAAAGAUGUGACACCUCAAAAGUUAGUGGAAUUGGGGUACUACGAUCUGAAAUCGCGACGGUUUAUUGACCCACGUACCGGCGAAUUUAUCACGUUUGAAACAUUCCUGUAUGAGUUAGAACUUUUUAAUCCUGACGCUAUCUUAGUCAAAGAUUUGACAAGCAAGCCUCCAGUUUAUGUUACUUUAGAGGAAGCCUUGAAUCGACCUUUAAUUGACAAAAACACCGGUUAUAUGGUAGACCCUAAAACCGGUAAAAGAGUACCAUUCUUCGAAGCAGUAAAACUGAGGUGGAUUAUAGACAUUAAAGACAAACCAAAACAGAAAUAUCAACCUCUGACACUUGAGGAAAUCGUCGAAACCGACAAAUUUGACCCAGUCAAGGUCGAAGUGAAGUCAAAUGAUGAAAUUAUCCCGCUUAGCAAAGCCCUAACAUCGAAUAUCAUCGAUCCUAAAUCUGUAACAAUUCGUGAUGAGAAAAACAUGCAACUCGUGCCAUACUACGAAGCUGUCGAUCGUAGCAUCGUCGAUCCUCAGCGAGCUCUAGUCCUUAACACUGCCACUCAAAAAACUAUGACUUACUCUGAGGCGUUUCUACACGGUUUUGUCCGUGCUUUGCCGCGACCGAUAACUUUGGAAGCUAUCAUUUACAAAGGUUUAUAUGACCCUCAAACUGCUACGAUCACCGAUCCGAUCACUAAACAAUCACUAAUAAUCGCAGAAGCCGUCGAUCGGCAAAUCAUUGAUGAUAAAUUAAGCGAAGUUAAAGACACGAAACGUGGUACGUUUGUACCGCUCGAUGAAGCACUUAAAACGAAUCUUGUGCAAGAUGGCCGUCUUAAAGACACCAAAACUGGCCAGUUAGUACCGUUGAGUGUCGCACUAGACCAACACUUAAUUCGUAGCAAACCCAUAGUAUUCAAUUUGCUUCAAGCACUUUUGUCGAAUUAUUACUUGUCGCGAUCAGGCACCAUUUUGAAUCCAAUCACAGGUGAGGAAAUAACGCUACAGAAAGCGAUAGAGUAUAAGUUAGUGGAUCCAGUGACCACGCGAAUUAAAGAUAACAAACGCGGAAGGAUCGUUGAGUUGAGAGAAGCAAUUCAGACGAAUUUAGUCGAUCCUGAGAAAGGCAUUCUUACCGAACCUGCCCUACCUCUCGACCAAGCAUACCUCAAAGGUUAUAUCCUCAGUACCGUCUUACCUUGGUCAUUACAAGAAACUUUGGCUCAGAAAGUUUACGAUCCAAAAACCGGUCAAUUUACCGUAAAUAACGCUAAUGUAACUCUCGUCCAAGCAAUUGAAGGUGGGAUUGUUAACCCCAAUGUCCUUACAGUAAAAGAUCCCCGUUCUGGCGACAUUAUCACGCUUAAUGAUGCCAUAAGUUUGCGAAUUAUAGACCCGGUCAAAGGCCAAGCUUAUGAUCCUUUAACCAGUACUGAAAUGAACUUAUACGAUGCGCAAGAUCGAGGUUUGAUCGUACCGUACAAGAGUCAGAUAACGUUACCGGAAGCCGUUUUCAAAGGUUUUUAUGAUCCGACCACUGGCAAGUUUAUUAAUCCGAAGAGUAAAGAGCGGUUAAGAGCGGAAAGCGCCAUCAAUCGAGGUUACGUCGAUACUUCCUCGACCCUUGUAACAAUUGAUGAGGAACUUGUAACUUUCGAACAGGCCGUGGUUGAGGGUUACAUUGAUACUAUUGAGGGAGUGGUCAUCAGCUCUCGACACGAACCAGUGGACUUUAACGAGGCUUUCGAACGCGGAUUGCUUGUUGAAGUCGGUCCUCCAAUUCCUCUAAGUGAAGCCAUAGCCAAAGGUUUAUACGACGAAGAAUCCCAACUCUUCCUCGACCCUCAAACCGGCAAUUACGUAACUCUCAUUGAAGCCAUCGAAAUUAAUUUAAUUGAUGCGGACUCCGUCAGUGUUAAAGAUACACGUGUGGGCGUUUGGCGCAAAAUUCCUUUAAUUGAUGCUAUACAUAACGGUUACGUUGACGGCAACACUGGUAACGUUAAAGACUUUUCUCAAGGCGAAAGCUGCGAAGUUCCAUUACAGAAAGCAUUCCAUUUAGGUAUUUUGGUUGAUAAUAAAGCCGCGGUUUCAUUACAAAGAGCUAUACAUCAAGGGUUGUAUCACGAAGCUACAGGUAAAAUCAUUGACCCGCAUACUGACCGAAAGAUAACCUUACACGAAGCUAUUCGAAAGUUUAUAAUCAAUCCUUUACUGCCCGUAUAUUUUGAUAAGAAACGCGGUAAAUUAGUUAACCUGACUGACACCUGCCGGUUGGGCAUCGUAGAUAAACGCAACGGCACAUUUAAAGACCCACAUACCGAGGAAACAAUGAAAUUAACUGAAGCGCUAGACAAAGGCUUGAUUGUUGAUAUAGAGACGGCUAAUUUCGGGUUGUAUGAAGCCAUAGAUAUGGGUUUGUACGACCCAGACGAUGGUAUGUUUAUCCAUCCUUCGACUUGUCGUAAAUUUACUCUCAAAGACGCGUGCAAUAACGAAUUAAUCAAUCCGGAAAUGUCUUUAGUUAAAAAUAGUAAGCAAAACAAAUACAUUUUCCUGCCUGAAGCAAUCGAAAAACAAUUAGUCGAUCCAGAAUUAGGUAAAUUCAUUUUACCAAACGGCAAUUCCAUCACUUUGCUCGAAGCCAAGCGAAAAGGUUUGAUUGUAACAGUUAGGCGUAACUUAACGUUAGAGGAAGCCAUUCGGAAUGGUUUGUAUCGUCCAGAUUCUGGCAAAUUUGCGGAUCCGUUAAAUGGUGAGUUUUACGACCUGACGCAGGCUCUAGCCAAUAAUUUUAUCGAUCCUACGACUACGGCUUUCAAAGAUCCGUUUAAUGGUACUAUAAAGUCUUUACCAUUGGCCAUCCAAGAUGGUAAAAUUGAUACUGAUAAAGGUCGCGUUCUUGAUACUAAAUCGAAACAGACGUACAAUUUCGACGUGGCGUUGGAUAAAGGUCUUUUGGUAACUCUUGAUAAACCAUUAGUCGAAGAAGUGAUGCAAAAGUCAGUCACAGAUUCGUCUAAAGCGUCGAAGACUGCCCGCGAGUGUACCCUUGAAGCUGCUAUCAAAUUCGAACUAAUCGAUCCGAAUCGAGCCGUAGUUAAAGAUUUACAAACCGGGCGUUUUAAAACCGUUCAAGACGCAAUCGAUGCUAAAAUCUUGGAUAUCAACAAAUCUGUUACUUUUGAACCUCAAAAAGACAAAGUAAAGUCGCGUAUUGUCACUUAUGACCAAACCACUCCUAUUUACCUUGACGAACCUUUGACCUUCCUCCAAGCGAUCGAAUCGAACCAUCUCGACGUGACCACCGGCAAAUUUACCGAUCCUCAGACCAAAGAAGUCCUGUCACUGAAAGACUCCCUCAGUUUGGGUUUCAUAGACCCAGACACGGCUUUAAUUAAAGACGGCAAUAAGAAAAAGCUGAUUAAGCUUCCCGAAGGCUUCAGGAAGGGCCUGAUCGAUGCCGAUAAAGGCAACGUCCUUGAUAGUUCAACCUCGAAGCUGUACCCUCUCCCGACUGCAAUUGAUACCGGACUAUUGAUAACGCCAUCACGUGGUUUUACUUUGAUUGAAGCUUUGAUUUACGGUUUGUACAAUCCGACAACUGGAGGAUUCACUUGUCCCUUCACAAUCACGUCAAUUAUCGACCGCAAACGAUUGACUCUCACUGAAGCAAUCGAUGAUAAUCUCAUUGACCCGUCUAGUACUGUGGUGAAAGACCCAGAAAGUGGUGGCGUUGUGCCGCUUCUGCACGCUAUUGACUCUAAGAUCGUGAAUGCUGUUGACGGUAGGAUACGAGACGACGAUAAAGAAAUCGAUUUUAUUAAAGGGCACGAAAAGGGUUUGAUAUUGCCUGCAGAACAAAGGCAAGCGGUCGAAGAAAAGUACAAACUAUGCGACGAAACUUUAUCAAAGCUUCUGCAAUGGAUCGGAGACGUUGAAGAUAAAAUCGCAUCCCAAGACGUUAUUCACGAAGUUGAGGAGGAUUUGCGUAACAAAAUCAAUACGAUGAAGCAAAUCAGGGAUGAUUUAGACCAGCAUUCGAGUCAGGUCGCACAUUGCGGCGACCAAGUAAGGCAGUUAGUGCUAACAGCAGGCGAUGUCCUGUCAAAGAGUGAGGUCUCGACUCUUGAAAAGAACGGUCGCAAUCUGAAAACACGGUACGAUAAAGCCGUCGACCGUAGUGAACGUCUCUUGAGGAAACUCCUCUCGGCCAAAGACGAACUUACGAAGCUCAAAGGAGAACUGAAUACCUUCUCCGAUUGGUUAGGUAAGGCUAGGAGGAUCCUCGAGGAUAAAGAACGUGCUUUAAGCGACUUGCAAAGACUCGAUUCAAGUGCUGACAGUACUAAAGAGUUCGUCAGCGAUGUCAUCGCUCAUCAGGGUGACCUCCGCUUCAUUAAUAUGUCGGCGCAGAAAUUCUUCGACGAAAGCAAGGAGUAUCUGGCUCUUCUGAACGACUUCCGUACUUCCCUCCCGUCACGUUUACACCACAUUGAGCCAAUUGCCGCUCAAGAUUCCCCCGUUCGCACUGAAGUUUCCCUCGUGGGUCAACAAUACCGCGACCUUUUGAACCGCGCUAAUAACCUAUCUGAUCGGCUUUCGGGCGUCGGAGGACGCCAACGUGAGUAUAGCGAUGCCGUAGACAAAGCCAGACAAUGGCUCCGCGAAGCCGAACCACGCGCUAUCAAAAUUUUGGACGAACCAAUCGGUGGUGACCCCAAGGCCGUUGAGGAACAACUGCACCGGGCCAAGUCUCUUAACAACGAGUUUGUAGCCAACGGACGCCUAAUUGAUAACGCGAAACAGGCCACUGAUGCGCUCCUCAACUCGCUCCAAGGCCAGAUUUCACCGGCUGAGAUGUCGCGGUUAGAGCAGCCGGUUAUUGAACUCGACCAAAAAUACAACCAGUUGAGUAACGCACUUGCUGACCGGUGCCAAGAGCUUGACACGGCCCUUGUCCAGUCGCAAGGCGUCCAAGACGCGCUUGAUGGUAUCAUGAAUUGGCUGAAUACGGCCGAAAGUCAGUUUAAGACGAUGCAAAAACCCGCGUCGUUGAUCAAGGAACGUUUGGACGAACAAUUACGCGAACACCGCGUCUUCCAAUCUGACAUAGACACCCAUAUCUCCUCAAUUGACUCGGUUUACUUAUCCGCAAGUGAACUAAUCGCUUCGUCAAGCAACGCCCGAGUUGCCAAAAAGAUCGAAACUAAGCUAAACGACGUCAAGGCCCGAUUCGAGAAACUGUUCGAGAGGGCGCAAAAGCGAGGCGAGUUCCUCGAGGAGGUCAACAAAGGUUUGACUGCGUUUUUGGCAGGAGCCUCGCAAUUCGAGCAAUGGCAUGCCAGUAUUGUCGAAAUAAUUGAGUCCCGCGAGUUGGCCAAAUUAUCAAUUGAGGAGUAUGCAGUACGUAUGCAGGAAAUUGCAGCUAAUAGGGACGACAAACGUCCACUUUUCGAAGAGGUUAUUAAAUGUGGUAAAGACUUGUUGAACAAACGGGACACCACUGACACCGCCAAUGUCCGCGAUCGCGUCAAGUCGAUGGAGAAUCAAUGGCGCGAGCUUGGUAGUCUCUUAGACGAGAAGCAGAAGUUGUCGAAACAAAGAGCUGAACAACUGAAUGCGUAUGAAGCGCUGAGACAGCAAGUGUGUGAUUGGUUGAGUCGGUUUGAGGCGCGCAUAGCGCGACUCGAGGUCGUAGCUAUUGACAUUGAAAUUUUGAAGAAGCAAAAUGAAGAACUUAAACCGAUCACAAAGGAAUAUAAAGACUACUCGUCCACUAUUGAUAAAGUCAACGAUAUUGGGACGGCUUAUGAUAAUUUGGUCAGGGGUGACCGGCCUGAAUCGCCUUCAAAACGCCGAAAUCAGGUCUACAGUCCCACUAAACGCACCUACAGACCGACUCAAGACACCCGCUCACCUUCACCGAGCAAAGGCUUGAGCCCGUUAUCACCAGGAGGCUCAAGCGGUUUCUCGUCUCGUAGGUCGAGUCAAGAUGGUUUCCAUCUUGAGGAGUUAUCUCCGGUACAACAACAGUUAUCGGAAAUAAACCAUCGGUACUCCCUUCUUGGGGUCAAAAUCAAUGACCGGCAAUCAGAAAUCGACUCGAUCAGAGACGAAGUUAAGAAACACUUAGACAGUCUUAAGACGCUUAGCGCUUUCCUGGAUAAAGUCCAACGACAGUUACCGAAAGACAUAGUCCCGGCGACUAAAGAUGAAGCCGAUAAACUGAACCGACAAAUUAAACAAGCCUUGGAGGAAAUGUACGAGAAACAGUCACUCCUCGACUCGACCAAGAGCCAAGUCAAAGACCUACUCAGACGCAAACCUGGUGCCCUCGGUGCUGACAAUCUCAACGAUGAACUUGAAGAUGUCGUGUCGCACUGGAAGAGUGUGAGCGACCAUCUCAAAAACAGAAUCAAGUUCAUGGAGGAUAUGAAAGAGUUCCACGACACCCACGACUCGCUUUCCUCGUGGUUGUCGGCCAAAGACCGCAUGUUGACCGUCUUGGGCCCUAUUUCGAGCGAUUCUCGAAUGGUACAAUCGCAAGUUCAACAAGUCCAAGUCUUGCGCGAGGAGUUCCGCACCCAGCAACCCCAACUCCAGCACUUGAUCGAUGUGGGCGACUCAGUUUUAUCAUAUCUAGACCCACGGUCGCCCGACGGUCAAAAAGUCAACAACAAAUUGGCAAAUAUCCAGCAACGGUGGGCCGACCUUUUGAGCAAGUUGGAGGAGAGGGCUGAUUCGUUAGGAGCCGCGGCGGACACCAGUCGCGAGUUUGAUGCGCAGUUGACACGUUUGAGGGACGCUUUGCAAGGAAUUUCGGAUAAUUUGGAUGAACUUCCUCUUGAUAAAGAUCCAGAAGAACAGUUAAGGAAAGUUGAGAAUUUGGAAAGACAAUUGGAGGGUCAAAGACCACUUUUGGCCGAUUUGGAGGCCGCAGGUUCCCAACUGUGCGACGUUUUAAGCGACCCAGCAUCAAGAGCUGACAUUCAAGCUAAAUUAGCAUCAGUUGGAAGGCAAUAUAACGCCCUACAGAAAAAACUAGACCACAAGAAAGCGGAAAUUGAAGGGUCGCUACGCGACGGACGCCAGUUUGAAGCCUCCUGUGCGAAGACACUUGGAUGGCUGUCGGACGAGUUGGGAUCCCUCUCUGAAAAAUUGCUAAUUUCGGCGAUAAGAGAUGUUUUGGAGCAACAACUGGCCCACCAUGAGCCUAUUUACAGAGAUGUGCUUGCUAGGGAACACGAAGUUAUUAUGUUGUUGAACAAAGGCCGCGAUAUGUUGGCUAGAAACAACCGAAGCGAUUCAAGGUCACUUCAGCGUGACUUGGAUAAGAUCCAGCAACAGUGGGAAAAGCUUCGCAAGGAAACCGUUGAUCGUCAAACGAGACUCCAGACUUGCAAAGAACACUGUCGCAAGUAUUACAAGGUUUUAGAAAGCUUCCUCCCAUGGUUGAGACAAGCCGAGGAUAAACUAGACACUUUGAGACCUUCGUCCUUCCAAAGGAAACACAUCGAAAAACAAUUGAAGGAAUUGCAAGCCUUCCGAAACGAAGUAUGGAAAAAGUCGGGCGAAUACGAAAACACGCGAACACUUGGCGAUACGUUUGUCUCAGCUUGUGAUAUCGACAAGGAAGUGGUUAAGAACGAAUUGAAUGACUUGAAGGAACGUUGGGAUAAACUCAAUAACGACUUGAUCGAGCGCACGCAAGCUCUUGAAGAUCAAUCGCGCAAACUUGCUGAUUUUAACGAAAACAUCCGAGAGUUACAACAUGGUGUGGAGCGUUGCGAAGACAAACUAGCUUCUCACGACGCCCUUGGAGGCGCUGCUCGUGAUCCAAAACUGCUUGAACGGAUCAAAGCCCUUCGUGAAGAGACCGCGAAGUUGCGAAAACCACUCCAAACAGUCAAACAGCAAGCCCAAGACUUGGCAAGUGAGGCGGCGCAGAACGGCAUUGACGCCCACCACCUUGAAGACGAAGUUGACAGUCUUGGUGAUCGUAUCGACGAACUUACGAGCAAAUUGGAUGACCGAUGCUCCGAAUUACAAUCGGCUGCAACUGCAGUAACGCAGUUCAACGAACAAGUUAAAGGCUUGUCUCAUGAUUUGACAGGGCUGGAAACUGAAUUAGACGAGAUGAAGCCUCCUGGUAGAGACUUGAAGACGGUACGCGGCCAAAUCGAUGAUAUCGGCCGCUUUUUGGUCAAGAUUAAUAAAGCUACGGAUGAUGUGAAUGACGCUAUUGCAGCCGGUGAACGGCUGGUGGAUAGUGGUUUUGCCCCAGAUACAGCACAGACUCGUCAACAAGUCGAAACUUUAAGGAAACAGUUGGGAAAACUCGACGACAGAGCUAGAAGUCGCGAACAAAGUCUUGAAGAUAUUCACAAGAAACUCGAACAGUUCUACAUGUCACAUGCCAAUGUUUUGGAUGAUAUUCAUGACGCGUCUGAGCAGUUAAGGAAACUGAAAGCUGUGGGUUCGGAAGUUGACAGCAUCAGAGCCCAACAGCAAGACUUCAAGAAGUUUAGGGCGAAGACCGUCGAACCGGUCGGCAAAGCCGUGGAGAAUUGUAACCGAGUUGGUCAAGGUUUGAUCCAAUCAGCCGCUCCGGGUGUCAAUACCGCCAUUUUGGAGAAAGAUCUGGAAAAGAUGAACGAACAGUGGAACGAUUUGAAGGAACGGCUGAAUGACCGAGAACGACGCCUGGACGUGGCGUUACUACAAUCCGGCAAAUUCCAAGAAGCUUUGGAUGGUUUAGCCAAAUGGUUAACCGACACCGAGGAACUUGUCGCCAAUCAAAAGCCACCGUCUGCGGACUAUAAAGUCGUCAAAGCCCAAUUGCAAGAACAGAAAUUCCUUAAGAAGAUGCUUCUCGACCGACAAAACUCCAUGUCUUCUCUAUUUUCGAUGGGCAAUGAGAUCGCCAAGGAAGCCGAACCGGCGGAACGCAAAGCUAUUGAGAAGCAACUUAAGAAUUUGAUGGGACGUUUUGAUGCUUUAACCGAAGGUGCCCAACAACGCACUCUCGACCUGGAACAAGCGAUGAAAGUUGCUAAAGAGUUCCAAGACAAACUGAUCCCGUUACAAGAUUGGCUCGAUCGUAGCGAAAAGAAAGUUAAAGACAUGGAAAUCAUUCCAACCGACGAAGAAAAGAUCCAACAGAAGAUUCGCGAACAUGGAGCUUUACAUAACGAUAUUCUUGGCAAGAAACCCGAUUUUAGAGAACUGACGGAUAUCGCGUCCAAUUUGAUGAGUUUGGUUGGCGAAGACGAAGCUGCGACACUUGCUGACAAGUUACAAGAAGUUACCGACCGGUAUGGCAACCUCGUCGACGCCAGUGAAAGAAUUGGGCAACUACUAACAGACUCCAGGCAAGGUUUGAGACAUUUGGUCUUGACUUACCAAGAUUUGGCUGCGUGGAUGGACAGCAUGGAACAUAGGUUGGGUCGCUUCAAGGUAUUGGCCGUCCAUACCGACAAGCUUCUGGAACAAAUGGAUGAUCUAACUGCUUUGACUGAAGAAAUCGCAAGCCGGCAACAAGACGUGGACAGCACCGUAGACGCAGGUGUCGAACUCAUGCGUCAUAUCUCCUCCGACGAGGCUCUCCAACUCAAGGACAAGCUUGACUCGCUUCAAAGACGCUACAAUGAUUUAACUUCAAGGGGCGCCGAUCUGCUUAAACACGCGGAUGAUAUGUUGCCUCUCGUCAAACAAUUCCACAACAACCACAACCGACUGGUUGAUUGGAUGCAAGGUGCCGAGAGUGUCCUUCAGUCAGCUGAGCCUCACGAGGGUGAUAUUGCCCGAUUGGAGCUCGACUUGCAAGAACUAAGACCCGUUCUUGAACAUAUUAAUCUAUUAGGACCCCAAUUGUGCCAAAACAGCCCAGGAGAGGGUGCUUCUACAAUUGAAGGGCUAGUCACGCGUGACAAUAGGCGUUUUGACGCCAUCGCCGAGCAAAUUCAACGUCGUGCCGAAAGAAUCCAUCUCGGCAAACAGAGGGCGUUGGAGGUGACUGGUGAUAUCGACGAACUUCUCGAAUGGUUCCGCGAGGUUGAGAGUCAGAUUAGAGACGCGGAAAAACCAUCAGCCGAGCCUGACUUGAUCCGUGUCCAAUUGAAAGAACACAAAGCUCUUAACGAUGAUAUUUCUAGUCAGAAAGGUAGAGUCAGAGAUGUGCUCUCUACUGCCAAGAAAGUUCUCAGGGAGAGUCCUCCAAGUGAGGACACUUCACUCAUCCGCGAAAAAAUGGAAGAUUUGCGCGAGACAAUGGACACGGUUUCAGCCUUAAGUUCGGACCGGUUGGGUAUUUUGGAACAAGCGUUACCAUUGGCUGAACACUUCCAUGACACUCAUAACGUUCUAUCUAAUUGGUUGUCGGACAUUGAGGAACAAAUCUCGAUGUUGGCAAUGCCGGCCAUGAGACCUGAUUUAAUCGCGCAGCAACAAGACCGAAAUGAAAUGUUUAUCCAGAGUAUCAAUGAUCAUAAACCUUUAGUCGACAAGCUCAACAAAACGGGCGAGGCCCUCAUCCGCUUGUGCAAUGAUGACGAUGGCUCAAAAGUCCAGGAGUUGUUAGAUAGCGACAACGCGCGAUAUGCCGCUCUAAAAUUAGAGCUACGUGAACGCCAGCAAGCCCUCGAACAAGCCCUUCAGGAAAGUUCCCAAUUCUCGGACAAACUCGAAGGCAUGUUACGCGCCCUUUCCAACACCGCCGACCAAGUGAACAACCUCGAACCCAUCUCGGCCCACGUCCCGAAAAUCAAGGACCAAAUCGAAGACAACGACGCCCUUAUCAGUGAUUUAGACAAGCGCAAGGAAGCUUACGCGGCCGUGCAACGCGCUGCCGACGACGUCAUAAACAAAGCGCCCAACCGAUCAGACCCCGCUAUCAAAGACAUCAAACGCAAACUCGAUAAACUCAAAAACUUAUGGGACGAUGUACAAAAGGCUACAAAUAAUCGUGGCCGCUCUCUGGACGAUACCCUCGAUGCCGCUCAAAAAUUCUGGAAGGAGUUGCACGCCAUUAUGGCGACGCUCAAAGACUUGGAGGACUCCCUUGUGAGUCAAGAACCACCAGCUGUUGAGCCUAAAGCCAUUCAACAGCAACAAGUCGCUUUGCAAGAGAUCAGACACGAGAUCGAUCAAACUAAACCGGAGGUUGAUCAAGUGAGAGCUUCCGGAAAGGAUUUGAUGCGGUUGUGCGGCGAGCCGGAUAAACCAGAAGUGAAGAAACAUAUCGAGGAUUUGGACAACGCUUGGGAUAAUAUUACGGCGUUGUAUGCUAAGCGGGAAGAGAAUUUGAUCGAUGCUAUGGAGAAAGCUAUGGAGUUCCAUGAAACCCUUCAGAAUUUAUUGGCAUUCUUGGAUAAGGCCGAGAAGAAGUUUGCCAAGAUGGGACCCUUGGGAACGGAUAUCGACGCAGUCAAGAAACAAAUCGACCAGUUGAAGAACUUCAAAGCUGAAGUCGACCCACAUAUGGUGAAAGUUGAAGCCCUCAACAGGAGUCUGAUCAGGCAAGCACAAGAACUCACCGAGCGUACGUCGGCUGAUCAAGCUGCCGCUAUCAAGGAACCACUUUCCGGAGUCAACAAACGUUGGGAUGACUUGCUGAGAGGCAUUGUGGAACGGCAAAGACAGCUCGAGAAUGCUUUGUUGCGUCUCGGCCAGUUCCAACAUGCCCUCAACGAGCUCCUGGUCUGGAUCAGCAAGACUGAUAAGACUUUGGAUGAGCUGAAACCGGUUCAGGGAGAUCCACAAAUUUUGGAAAUUGAGUUGGCAAAACUUAAAGUUCUGGUUAACGAUAUACAAGCCCACCAGACGAGUGUUGAUACUUUGAAUGAUGCGGGAAGACAAAUCAUUGAAACUGGAGAAGGUUCAGAUGAGGCUUCCAUCACUCAAGAUAAGCUCAAUACUCUUAACACGCAAUGGAGGGCUUUGAUGCAGAAAGCUGCUGACCGUCAACGCGAACUUGAAGACUCGCUUAAUGAAGCUCAAAGGUUCAAUGCGGAAAUACAAGAUCUACUGUCAUGGUUGUGUGACGUUGACGGUAUUAUAACCGCAAGUAAGCCGGUAGGAGGUCUUCCGGAAACAGCAAGUGAACAAUUAGAACGUUUCAUGGAGAUUUACAACGAAAUUGAAGAUAAUAGACCUAAAGUUGAAACAGUAUUAGCUCAAGGACAAGAGUAUCUCAGAAAGGGUUCAAAUGCCGCGUCUAACCUUCAACACAAUUUACGCACUUUGAAACAGCGUUGGGACUCGGUCACGUCCCGAGCCAACGACAAGAAAAUCAAACUCGAGAUUGCUCUCAAGGAAGCCACCGAAUUCCACGAGGCUCUUGAGAACUUUGUUGAAUGGUUGACCAACGCUGAGAAGAUUUUGUCUAACCUUAAACCAGUUUCGCGAGUUCUCGAAACGAUCCAAGGUCAAAUGGAAGAGCACAAAAUAUUCCAGAAGGAUGUCAGUGCUCACCGCGAAAUCAUGCUCGAUCUUGACAAGAAAGGCACUCAUCUGAAAUAUUUCAGUCAGAAACAAGAUGUUAUCUUGAUUAAGAACUUGUUGGUGAGUGUUCAACAUCGCUGGGAACGAGUCGCGUCAAAAUCAGCUGAACGAACUAGAGCCCUGGACUUGGGUUACAAGGAAGCUAAAGAGUUCCACGAUGGCUGGUCGGGUCUUAUGACUUGGUUAAACGAAACGGAAGACUCACUAGACCGGCUUUUGUCCGAAUCGGUCGGGAAUGACCCUGAGGCGAUCAAGAGCCGACUCCAUAAACACCAGGAGUUUCAAAGAAACCUUUCCGCUAAGCAAGGCACUUACGACCACGUCAUGAAAACCGGAAAAGUGCUCAAAGAGAAGGCACCGAAGAGUGAUGAGCCGACGAUCAGACAGAUGAUGAGUGAUCUUAAAGCAAAAUGGACAGCAGUUUGCAACAAGAGUGUGGACAGGCAAAGGAAGCUCGAAGAAGCGUUGUUGUACUCUGGUCAAUUCAAGGAUGCCAUCGCCGCGCUCUUGCAGUGGCUAAAGAAAGUCGAGAAGGAGUUGUCGGUGGAUAGUCCCGUUCAUGGAGACUUGGACACAGUCAACCACCUUGUAGAUUUACACAAUCAGUUUGAGAAAGAACUGGAGAGACGCAACGAGCAAAUGGAGUCCGUUAUCCGGACCGGCACUGAUCUCGAACGUAAAGCAAACCGGGCAGAUGCCACCCAAAUCAGAUCUCAGUUGACCGAAUUGAACGAAUUGUGGAAUUCGGUCACGAAAUUGACUCGAAUCAGGUCAGGCCGUCUGGAUGAGGCUCUGCACGAAGCCGAACGUCUCCACAAGUCGGUUCAUAUGCUCCUUGACUGGCUAUCCGAAGCCGAGAGACAAUUGCGAUUCGUUGGAAGUACCCCUGAGGAUGAGGCUACAGCUUACGAGCAGCUUCAAGCUUUGGAUCGGUUCCGAGCGGAACUCAAAGACAAAGAACGCGAGAAAAACCACACCCUCGAUCUCGCUCAAAGCGUACUGGCUAAAGCUCACCCCGACGCGAUCAAUGUUAUCAAAAACUGGAUCAAGGUUAUACAAUCCCGAUGGGAGGAAGUCUCCCAAUGGGCCAUGCAACGCCACCAGAAACUCACCGCUCACAUGCAGUCGUUGCGAGACCUCGACGAGUGUCUUGAAGAACUCAUCCAGUGGUUGUUGGGUCUGGAGAAUACGCUUAUUGCCUUGAAACGCGAGGACUUACCCAUGGACAUUCCCGCGACCGAGCAACUGAUCGCCGACCAUAAAGAAUUCAUGGAAAACACGCAGAAACGUCAAGGUGAAGUCGAUAGAGUUUGCAAAGCCAAACAAAUCAAGCCUACAAACGCGAAAGAGCCCAAGAAAUUCGUUAAGGGCAAAGGACCGAUUCGGGGAUCACAGCAUGACAUUCGUGAACCUUCACCUGAUAGCUACGGCUCUCUUGGCCGCAAACAAAGCUUCAAAGGAUCGAGAGACUUGCUUGCGCACCGUGGAAGCCGUUCCAGUCCUGGUCGGGAACUGAGUCCGGAUCCUCAAUUACCACAUAUCGGGCCAAGAUUCCCAUCUGGCAGCGAACCCGAAUUCCGAUCGCCACGUGUCAAGUUCUUGUACGAUAAGUGGCGCCAUGUCUGGAUGUUGUCGUGGGAGCGACAACGCCAGCUUUACGACCAUCUUGCUUAUCUCAAGGAGAAGGAAAAAGCGGAUAACUUCUCUUGGGAUGACUGGAGGAAGCGCUUCUUGAAGUUUAUGAACUACAAGAAGUCGAGAUUGACCGACUUGUUCAGGAAAAUGGACAAGGAUAACAACGAGCUUAUACCGAGAGACGAUUUUAUCGAUGGAAUUAUCAAAACGAAGUUUGAUACUUCCCGGCUUGAAAUGAAACACGUUGCUGAUAUGUUCGACCAAGACAAUCGCGGGUUGAUCGACUGGAAGAAGUUCAUCGCGGCAUUGCGACCUGACUGGGAGGAGAAACCAGCCGAUACUGACGCCCAGAAGAUACACGAUGAGGUUAAGAGGCUAGUGAUGUUGUGUACUUGCCGGCAGAAAUUCCGAGUCUUCCAAGUCGGCGAAGGCAAAUAUAGAUUUGGUGAAAGCCAAAAACUACGUCUAGUCCGCAUCUUGCGCAGCACCGUAAUGGUGCGCGUAGGAGGCGGUUGGGUAGCUCUAGACGAGUUCUUAAUUAAGAACGAUCCCUGCCGAGUUACGUUAGUUUUACCGUUACCUCAUCCCGACAUACCUGAUCAGCACGAGCCUUGGUGCCCCCUCGCCAAAGGACGCACGAACAUAGAGCUGCGUGAACAAUUCAUCCUAGCCGACGGCGUAUCGCAAACUAUGACCGCGUUCAAGCCCAAAACAUCGGCCUCCAGUCCCGCCUCUGGCUCCUCUGCAUCAUCACUCCGCACUCCUCAAGGGCCAAUCACUAAGGUGCGAGAGCGUUCAGCAAGGUCGGUUCCAAUGGGCAGCCUUCCGCGCACUUCCAAAUCCUCCUUAUCAGCGGGGACCCCCGACUCGUUAUCAGACAACGAAAGUUCUGCUUUCCGCACGCCCAGAAAACCAUCUUACAGGUCAACGAUGACCCCAGGAGGGUCUAGGUCGAACUCACGACCGGCGUCGCGAACUGGCAGCAGGCCUGGCAGCAAACCCCCAUCGAGACAUGGUUCUAACCUCUCCCUAGAUAGUACAGAUGAUGGUACCCCGUCGAGGAUUCCACGAAGGACCCCAACGUCAAGUCGGGUACCAUCGACAACUUCUUCUUUGCGGAGGCCCCAGAAUGGCACCGGGUCCCGGCCGAGGACACCCACGGGGCUCAUUUCACCAGCUAGUCCAGCCGGAAAAUCAUCAGGCAUUCCCCGAGCAUCAAGUAUACCAACACUAACGUCAGUUACCACCCCAAGGUCUCGCAUACCUGUGUACAAAGGAAGUGGUGACACUGAUCCCGAAUCUCCCUCAACGUCAAGCUCUUGCUCUAUGUCUUUAUCUUCAGGAACGAAAUCGUCGGCGAGUAGAUCGAGCAGAUCGAAAAUACCGAUUAGGAGUACAAGCAAACCACGACAAGUGACAAUCGGUAACGCUCCGACGCUAAGGACGGCGGCUAGGACACGAACACCAUCCGGGUCUAACACACCCGUUCCGCCCGGGCAACAAACCGCCGCUUCCCGCCUUCUACGAAAACCAUCGGGAGCGUCCGACACGCCAACAGGGCAAGCGAAGAAAACAACAAAGGAACGGGAGCCUUUUAGACUUUAAUUAAUUAUGAGAUUAACUUAUUCCAAGAUUAACGAAUGACUGACAGUAGGGUUAUUGUGUUUUUGUUUAAAUUGUUCAUAUUUUUGUAUAAAAGAUUUAUUUAUGAAGCGGCCCCGGAAACGCCAGUUCCGGAGUUGAAUUAUUGUGUGAGUCACAAUACGUAACUGCGUUAAGUUGCCAUAAAUUGCAAAAUUAUUUUCGUGAGGUGAUUUUUGUAUUAUUUUUUGGGUAUCAGUGGGACCAUUUUGUGGCGAUUUGCUUUGUUUAGUGGACGUUUAUUUGAUUUAUCCUACUAACUUACUUAUUUUAUCCUUAAUAAUUUAGAUACUAAAGCGCCGCUAAUACUCGUAGUUGUGUGAUUACCAGAAACGCCUUUCUUUUAUAUCGCCAGUAUGAAAGAACGGAUCAGUCAAUAUUGUAACUAUUACUAUAUUUAAUUUGUUAUGUAUUAAAACAAUAAACUAAAUUUUUUAAG